CUUUUUUUUUAUUGUACUACUAAGUACCUCAACACGUCUCCUUUUGUUGUUGAACACUCCUAAUACCAAAAAACACUUAAAUAUUUACUUAAACUUGUUUUCAUUUUCAAAUAAGACAAAGAACAUUUUUUUAUUAUCUCAUUUCAAAUGAUAUAAAAAUUAACAAGACAAUAAGGUUGAAAGGCAGAACCACAAAGACGGAGGAUGGUGAAGGGUUGAGGGCGACACAGCGACUGAAGAUGGGCGGAGGAAGACGGUGGCCAGAUAUGGAUGGACAGAAAAAGGCGACGACAUCCGUCCAGUAAAACACCUCAAAAAACAAUACGAUAUGAUCUAUGUUUUUGUAGGGCUUUUUAACUUUUUUUUUAGUUUGUUUUUCACCUUCUUUAUUUCUUGAUCUUAUUUGUCAUAAACAUAUAAAUCGAUCAAGUAUUCACAAUAUUUUGCGAUAAUUCAACAAUUUUUACUAUAUAAAAUUCAGUGUUUUAUAGGUUUAAAUGAAAAUUCUCCAAAAAGGCGGGCACACAACAACAUAAACGGGAAGCAUCCCCCUACAAACAUAUGAUCCUAUGCAAUUGAGCCAACCAUAAGAUAAUAGAUAUAAAGAUAUAAAAUUAUAAUAUAUGAUAAAAGAACAAACAUUGUCACAUCUUAUAGUAGACUAUAUAGCCUUUGUAAAAUGAAAAUAUAUUAAUUUCAUUAGAAAAUGGGAAAGCUUGUAAGAACUUCUACACCCCUUCUCUGCCGAUCAAAACUCCUCUGUUCCUCUCUUUCUUACUUAUUCCUUUCUCUCUUCUUUGCUUUCUACACUUCUCUUUCUCCCACCACCAAAUGCCAUUUCCGAUCUUGCCCCUUCGAUCCCCUCCAAUCUCCUCUCUUCAUUUACCCUCAAUCUUAUGGCCAACAAAAACACCCAAUUCCCACCAUCAAAUCCUCCUGCAAUUCCCCUGUUUUCUUCUCAGAUUACUCGUUUGUUUUGGAUGAAAUCCGACGAGUUAUUGCGAAUUCUUCCUCGGAUUCCAAUGGCUUGAGGUAUGUACAAGGGAAUAAAAAUGGUGAAAAGUUUGGGAAUAAUUACACUACUCAAAAACGACUAUCGUAUUAUGAUUAUCAUGACGAUGGAAUCGAAAUCCCUUGUGGGUUCCUUAAGAAAUUUCCCAUCAGUGAUUACGAUAGAAUCGCAAUGGAAAGUUGCAACGGAGUGGUGGUGGUUUCCGCCAUUUUUGGAAACCACGACAAAAUCCGUCAACCUCAAGGCCUCGGAUAUAACACCCUGGAUCACGUUUGUUUCUACAUGUUUGUCGACAAUGUCACAAUCAAACAACUUUACUUUCACAACUUACUCUCGAGAAAAACAAAGGAAAACAGGAUCGGAGUAUGGAGAAUUGUAGAAGUUUCCAGUGAAGAACUUUACGAAAAUCCAGCCAUGAAUGGUGUAAUCCCGAAAUACUUGGUUCAUAGACUUUUUCCGAAUUCAAAAUAUAGCAUCUGGGUUGAUGCCAAAAUGCAAUUGGUGGUUGAUCCGUUAUUAUUGCUUCAUUCACUUGUAAUCAUGGAGGAUGUAGAUAUGGCGAUUUCUAAACAUCCUUUAUAUGUUCAUACAAUGGAAGAAGCCAUGGCGACUGCAAGGUGGAAAAAAUGGCGGGAUGUUGAUUCGUUGAGGAUUCAGAUUGAAACAUAUUGUGAAAACGGCUUGCAACCAUGGUCAUCUAAGAAACAUCCAUACACUUCAGAUGUUCCAGAUAGUGCAAUUAUCUUAAGAAAGCAUGGUGUGGGAAACAAUUUAUUUUCAUGUCUUUUGUUCAAUGAGUUAGAAGCAUUUAACCCAAGGGAUCAACUAGCUUUUGCAUUUGUGAGAGAUCAAAUGAACCCAAAGAUGAAGCUCAACAUGUUUGAUGUGGAAGUAUUUGAACAUGUGGCAUCCGAGUAUAGACACAAUAUUAAACAACAUGGGUCCGAUGUGACCCAAUCAAUUAGAACCAAGAGGGCUAACCCUGGUUUGCUUGCUAAUGGUGGCAUUCGAAAUAAAUGUGAAAAGUACUUGGAAAAAAUGUGGGAUGAAUGAUAUCAAGUCAUGGAUGUCAUGAUUUGUGACUUGUGAUCAAUUUGUUCAUGAAAUGUUUAUAACUUUUAUUUAUUUGUAGGCUAGUUCGAUUAAUUAAUUUUAUGUGCCAUGUAAUGACUAAAUUAGUAAUAAAACCAAUUAAGAAUACAAUUUGAGAAAUAUAUAUAACU